CUAUGUGACGGAGGCUGCAUGCUUUUCGGCCAAGAGCACAAGGGUUGGAGCCGCAAUAUCUGGCGUAAAUCUGGAGACAUGUUUUUUCUACGCAUUAUUGACGGACAGUUUAGUAAUAGCCUAAAUGUUUUUGAUGCUGCCCAUGGAUACAUUGAAUGAAACGGCACAAAAGAGAGGACACAUAUUACGGAAAGUGUGCAGUUCUAGCUGUCCCGUGCCUAAUCCUCUUCGUUUAUACACAAUUUGUUGGAGACAGACCCGAACUUCGAUGCGUUUAGCUGGAGAUUGUCAAGAUGAAAACCACAGGACAUCUUUUUACGGAGGGAAGCCUCGCCGCAUCUUUGUUUUUAAGCUAUCUUUCCAGUAAACUGGCGGACAUUGGUUGCAGAAUAGGAUAAUAAAUCGCUCCCAUUCUUCUCACCCCUAGCAGUGUAUUCUGAAGUAAAUUCUGAAGUUGAAGAAAUAAGCAAAUCGUCAAUUGCCGAGUUUUUGAGCAACCACUCUACAAACCCGACAGGAGGGAUUAGGUGAUGGCAGCUCAUGUGGUUUUAUCGCUCUCUCUCCUCGUUCUUACCCCUGCCUCGGCCGCGGACGUCGAGGAGCGGCUGGUGAACCGACUCCUGGGCCCGGAGCGCUACAACAAGCUGAUCCGGCCCGCGGUCAACAAGAGCCAACAGGUCACCAUCGCCAUCCAGGUGUCCCUCGCGCAGCUCAUCAGCGUGAAUGAGAGGGAGCAGAUCAUGACAACGAAUGUGUGGCUCACUCAGGAGUGGAACGACUACCGCCUGAAGUGGGACCCUCAGGAGUACGAGGGCAUUAAAAAGCUGAGAAUCCCAUCUCAGCACAUCUGGCUGCCAGACAUCGUCCUCUACAACAACGCUGAUGGAACCUAUGAGGUGUCUUUCUACUCCAAUGCAGUGGUGUCCAGCAGUGGCGACGUGUUCUGGCUGCCUCCAGCUAUCUACAAAAGCGCCUGCAAAAUCGAGGUGAAGAACUUCCCCUUCGACCAGCAGAACUGCACGCUCAAGUUCCGCUCCUGGACCUACGACCACACGGAGAUCGACCUGGUGCUCACCAGCGACUUCGCCAGCCGCGACGACUUCACGCCCAGCGGCGAGUGGGACAUCGUGUCCCUCCCCGGACGGAAGAACGAGGACCCCGAGGACGCGGCCUACCUGGACAUCACCUACGACUUCAUCAUCAAGAGGAAGCCCCUCUUCUACACCGUCACCCUCAUCGUCCCCUGCAUCCUCAUCACCUCGUUGGCCAUCCUGGUCUUCUACCUGCCGUCCGACUGUGGGGAGAAGGUCACCCUCUGCAUGUCGGUCCUUCUGGCCCUCACCGUCUUCCUCCUCCUCAUCUCCAAGAUCGUGCCCCCGACCUCCCUCGCCGUGCCCCUCAUCGGCAAGUACCUGAUGUUCACCAUGGUCCUGGUGACCUUCUCCAUCGUCACCAGCGUGUGCGUCCUCAACGUGCACCACCGUAACCCCAGCACCCACCGGAUGCCCGACUGGGUCAAGAGGGUCUUCCUCGGGAGGCUCCCGGCCUACCUCUCCAUGCGCCGGCCCCGUGGACGGCAGCCGCGGGGCUCCCAGCCGGAGCUCAAGGACGGCGCCGAGGGCGACGCCUUCUACGUCAACGAAGAGUCGCCGAACCGGUGCGGCCGGAGGGCCGGCGACGCCCCCGAGAACGUUCUCGGGGGCGGAGAGUUCCGCAGGAGGGUGACGGUCAGGUGCGACGAGGACGUGAAGGAGGCGGUGGACGGCGUUCGCUACGUGGCCGAGCACCUGAAGGAAGAGGACGAGGAUCAAUGCAUAAUCGAGGACUGGAAGUACGUGGCCAUGGUGAUCGACCGGCUCUUCCUGUGGAUAUUCGUCCUGGUGUGCGUGACGGGCACCGCGGGGCUGUUCAUGCAGCCGCUGUUCCAGAGCCACAACGUGCCCGUCGUGGACGACCAGUAAACCAAACGCUGCCCACGGUAACCCCAGCAACGCGACCAGCUUCCCAGCAACAAACUUACCAAAUGACAGGUGCUUGGAGGCACCCAGGGACCUCUGUUUGAUGGCAGUUUGAUAAUAAUAAUCUUAUUUGACAGCACACGGCAAGGUUUUUGCCCUGCAUGUGAAUGGUUAUUCUGGCCGUUGUUUUGUAUAAAGGCCAGAGAGGGCUUUUUCACUUUUUUUGGAGUUCGCGGCCAGUUUCAAAGGUCCAGAAUGCAGAGUGGGAGAAAAAUGACAGAGAUUACAAACAGAAAUCCUAAUCGUUCUGUCGAUGUGCUGAAUCGCAUCUGUGACAUUGAUUACAUCGGAAAAUAUGAUUUUUUUUCCCCCCCACUUUCUGCAGAAAUUAUUUCUGGCAUACAGCUGCCGCAGCAAAAUGACAACUUCUGGGAGGUUUAAGGGAGGGGAGGGGGAACUGGUAGUGCUUAAAGUAAAAGGAUCGCUCACUGGACUUCACAGCAGUGGGUGACCUUGAAAUUUCAUGUUAGAGGUGGAACAUUCCAGAACAGUAUUGCUUUUGAAUGAUGCUGCAUAUCCAUUUGAAGAAAAAAAAAAAAGGUGAAGACUUUCAGGUGCCGAGGUGAUCUUCUAUAAAUGUGGGUUUCGUAAUGUAGCUGUAGGAACACAAGAUCAAGCCAGAAGCAAUAAACAGUGUGGUUGUGCAAAUCCUGGGUUAGCACCAGGCCCGAGGAGAAAUCUUAACAUCCACCCAUCCAUUAUCUGUACCCGCUGACCCUGGUCAGGGUCACGGGGGUUGCUGGAGCCUAUCCCAGCAUGCUCCAUGAGCGAGAGGCAGGAAUACACCCUGGACAGGCCGCGAACAGCUGAGCAAAAAUAUACGAAACAUUGACACCGCAGGCACUGUGAGGCCCUGUGGUUUCAGUCUCGUCGAUUCCUCGCUGGGUCAAUUUGUUUUUAUACUGUCUGCUUAAAGAAAGAGUGAAAGAAAGAAAGAAUCGAGUCUUUCAGCACAAACUUUUUGUUCUACCACGGCAACUGCAUUUACGAACACUCUUAGCAUUACCAGUACUACUGAUCAGGGAAGCCUGUUUCAACUGUGCGCAUAACUGAAUAUUUUUUAGUUAUGUGUAGAUGAGCUUUUUUUUUUCCUGUGCUCCUGUUGUUCUGAAAUAAUGUGAUAUUCCUCUUUCUGUCCUCCCGUCACCUAACAUACUGAUUUUGUUUGUCUGUCUAAAAGCUGGAUGUUAGCAAGACAGUUGGGAAUGCCUUGAAAUAAGUUUGAAAUAUGCAGAAUUUGUUAAAAGGACAAAUAAAUGAUGAAUUCUGAGUGAUUGGUUCAUUAAACAUGCUUCUUUUUAUUAUAAUUAUGUACUUUCUAAAAAGCUUGUAUUGUUCCGAAAUUAGAAUUAUAUAGAGGUUGGUGAGUGCUGCCUUCUACACAAAUACUCAGGAAAUUGGAAGCUGUUGUUUCAUUAUCAGGGUGUACUGAUUGAGAUAUUUUGGUGGAAAGAAAUUCACAGAUCCUGUACAAAAUUAAAGAUGUAAUGAACAAAAUGUGGUAUUUAAAGUUUCAUCAAGUGAUUUUAGAAGAUAUUUUAUGUACAGUGACAGGGGUUGGCGGCAAUACAUUUGAAAAGGAAGCCCUACUGACAUUUCAAAAUGCCCACCCUGUCAGUGCAUUUUAGAACUUCCCCUAAGCUGCAGUUGACAAAUGGGAGCAUCGCGUAGUUCUGGCAGGCCACG